AUGUCUACUGACGGUAUGAAAGCCCAAAAACCUAUCAAGUCGAUCCUGAACCGCCAUUCCUCGCCGACUCAUUUGAAGUCUUACGUGACCAAGUCCGUCAGUACCACUCAGGUUGAUGGUCACGGGGUAAGGAAACCGAAGGAAUCAUUCACUUCGACCUUCAAUCCUAUCAUCCACCUGUUCGCCCCGCCACACACCUCCACGAUUCCUACCUUGCCCAAGGGAGAGCCCCAGCCAAUCUCCGUGGCCAGAGCCUUGGGCAUGAUAAUCAUCUGCGUCACCGCCUUCGUCGUUAGCAAUGCUACCUCUUUGUCAUUGAACCUUCUGAUCCCGAGCAUCCAGCGAGAACUAGAUAUUGAAGCCAGUGAUUUGCAAUGGAUCUCGAGUGGCUUUCCACUUGGUUUUGGUAGCUGCUUGUUGUUGUUUGGAAGACUGGCUGAUCUGUACGGCCAUAAGCGAUUCAUUCAGCUGGGCACUACCUUCUACGCCCUGGCUUCAUUGGGCUGUGCGCUUUCGCGAACCCAUGUUCAGCUGUCAAUCUUACGAGUCUUCCAAGGACUUGGGGCUGCAGCCACUGCGCCCUCGCUCAUCGGCGUCCUGGGGAACCACCUCGAGCCGGAAUCCACUCUGAAGCGCGUCGGGUUCGCUUGUCUCAGCGCAGGUGCGCCAUUGGGAGGUACAUUCGGCUUGUUAGUGGGUGGAUUUAUCACCCAAGGAACCGGCCCUGGUUGGAGAUCUUUCUUCUAUCUCUGCGCUGCCUCUGCUAUUGCUGUCUGCGUAUCAGCAACGCUGAUCAUCCCAAAGGACAAACCGAGAGUCAACAAAGAAGGAAGCAUUGAUUGGUUAGGAGGGAUCCUGAUCAUCACGGGCUUGACGUUACUGACCUUCGCGCUGGGAAUCAGCUCUCGGGAAGGGUGGACCAGAGUGGUUGUGCUACUGCCUUUUAUCUCCGCUGUGCUUAUCCUGGCAAGCUUUGUUUACUGGCAAAAGGUGCUCGAGGACCGCAUGAUUGAGUCUCUCCAAGCUGGCGAGGGCUGGAAAAAACCUACCGAACCCAUCUUGAAACUCGACUUGUUCAGGAGAGAUCAUCAUCAGUUCUCGAUCGUCUUGAUGGUAGUCUGUUUGCUUUGGUUUGGCUUCGUCAUCCAAAACUUCUUCUUUCAUCAAUAG